AUGCCCAUGAAGGACUAUGAAUUGUUGAGUGAGUCUAGAUAUUUAGGAGAGAAAAGACUUAAUCAGGUCUGGGAACGAUUGGGUCGGGACUCGAAUUUACAACGAUUGUACUCUGAAUUCAUGCAAGAAUACAAGGAUUUAAAACAUAUGAAACUAGCUGAGAGAUCUGAAUUCAUAAAUCAUUCGUACUACCUGCCUCACAAUGGGGUUUACAGACCAGAUGAAAGUAGAACACGUUUAAGAGUUGUUUUUAACGCCUCAACUGCCACGACAUCGGGAUUGACAUUAAACGAUAUUUUGUUGAAGGGAAGAAUUCCACAGCAGAAAUUAUUUUCUAUUAUGGUUAGAUUUAGAAAACAUCGCUACGCCUUCACAGCACAUGUACAAAAAAUGUAUCGACACAUUCUAGUCCAUCCUCCACAAAGAGACUUGCUCAGAAUUCUAUGGAAGGACAGUGUUGAUGCACCAGUGCAAACUUAUAAGCUCAACACAGUAACGUAUGGGACGUCAAAUGCUCCCUAUUUAGCAACUCGAGCUCUUAAACAGUUAGCUAUAGAUGAAAGCCAAAACUUACCUCUAGCAUCGUCCUUCGCUCUUAAUGACUUCUAUGUCGACGACAUACUUUUCGGAGAAUCAUCAUUUCGAAAAGGCUAG